ACCCCUACAAAAUACUGGUCGGAGAAACCGAUAACUCGGCCUACGGCUCUUCUACAAGGUAUACAGAUAUUCCUUGCGAAGCUCAAGGCAACCACCCCGGCUCCAGAAAUGAAGGCGUCUUUCAAGGCAAAGUACGACGCCGACAAGGCCACCGCCGCCUCCGCCGUCACCCUCGCCUUUAACGCCGGCGAUGUCAAACUCCGUGCUUCCAUGACUGACGCUACUGUGGUCAACGGCCCUAGCUUAAACGGUCUAGCUCUAGCCGUGGAGAAACCUGGAUCCUUCACCAUCGAUUACAAUGUCCCGAAAAAGGACUUCAGAUUUAUGUUCAUGAACACAAUUAGAAUUUCAGACAAACCAUUAAACAUGGUGUACAGUCACAGUAGGGGAGAUCAACGGACUGUGCUUGAUGGAACACUAGUGAUUGAUUCAGCCAACAAGGUAUCGGCUAAUCACGUGCUUGGUUCUGGGAAUUGCAAGUUGAAGUACACUUAUGUCCAUGGAGGAGUGACUACAUUUGAGCCCAGCUAUGAUUUGGCCAAAGAUUCAUGGGAUUUUGCGGUUUCUAGGAAGCUUUAUGAGGAUCAUGUGUUAAAGGCUGUGUAUCAGACAUCCAACCAAAAUUUGCAACUAGAUUGGUCGACGAGAUCAAAGAUGAUUGGAUCUUACAAGGUUUCCGCACAGUUCAACGUGGAGGAUGGAUUAAAAGUCCCAAGAUUAACUGCCGAGAGCUCGUGGGAUAUCGAAUUGUGAAACUCUGUUGCAGUUUCUCUGAGGUCAGAGAAAACAUAUUCCUCCAUUAAUUGGUAUCAGUUUACUUGUUAACUUGGUAUGAUGUUGUUCUUAAAUCAUGUACCUGUUCAGAUACUUAUAAACAUCCUUGUCUAAAUUGUUGGUUUCAUAUUGAGCCAUAAGACUUGGUUUCGAUUUUCCCAUAUAUUUUAUGUCGUUUUUUCGU